AUGACAGCAACAACAAUCGAUUAUUUUAGUGCUAUAUAUUCUGAUGAAGAGAAUGCCACAGAUACAAUUUAUGUCUAUGAUACUUUUAUUCUUCUCUGGAUCAAAGUAUCGGAUCGUCCAUCACCAGAAUAUUCAUGUCAGGUGAGAAUCAACGACACAGAUAAAUGGCAUCCUGCAGACUUUUUAAAUGAUUCAACAACUAUUGCCAUCGCGCCAAUGAUGAAUCUUGACCCGUAUACAUCCUAUGUCUUCACAUUGAAUUGUGAUGGAGUUGUCGAAAAUUUAAAAAGAGAAUAUCGAACAGAGAUUGGUCGUCCAUCACCACCACAAAAUCUUACAGUUGAGAAGAAUUUGACUAGUGUACUUUUAACCUGGUCACCUCCUUUAAAACCUGCUGGACCUGAUUAUUAUUAUCAAUUAACGGAAUAUUUUAAUGCAGGUAAAGAUUAG